AUGAAGACAGCAUUAUCAUCGGUGUUUAAAUAUGCUGCUGAGCCAAUGUCAGUUCCCCGCGCUAAGGCGCUUGACAAAAUCGCUGUAACGGUCAAUCAGCGUGGGACACCGUUUGACGCAGCGGAUAUGAAAGCAGCCAUGAGGGAUGCCUUUGUACUCCGACUCGAGCUUCCUAUUCAUCUUGACGGAUCUCUUGAAGCCCCGCAAUCACAAGCUUUGCAAUCACAAGCUCCCUCGCCAUCACAAAAACCCAGGUACCCUUUAAGUUUCUGGGAACCGUGGAGCAUAUGUACACGGGCACAGGAGGAGGAGGAGGAGAUUGCGGGGACGUAUGAGCCCGAGUACCAUGCACCACCUUACGAGGAUGCGGUGGCUGCAGAGCCCAUUGAAGCUGUUAACCACUCCCCCGUGUCCUACCCUACCUUGCCGAUACCAGCUACACAGCUUCUUCCAGAUUUAACCAGGUCUCCGAGGAAGGCCAUGCUCUCGGAGAAGGCCAGGAAGCUCUUGAGCCACAGAGACAGGUUUUAA